CGCGCGCAGCUUUCCCUAAGGGAUUGUCCCGAGGGCUGAUGGGGCGUGUAGUUUUCUCGCUCUUUUCGCUCUCUCCCACUUGGGGGCGUUGUCGUCCCCGACAGCUGCCCUUGAGAAAUGUGGAAGGAGGGCCGGAUUUAGGUUUGAUGAGGCCCUCAGCUCCUGAAGAAUGGAUUUGAGCAGCUACCUGGGAGACUAUGAAGAUGACAUCUUCCGAGGGUCUUCCCCCCUGGGGUGGGAAGAUUCUGAAAUUUUUCUGGGUAGCCAGAGUGGGACAGAUCUGAGCCAAGGGGACUUGCAGGAUGACACAACCGAGUCUAUCACGGAUGAAAGCGGGCCGCUGCUUCGAUGCCUCAAGAAAAUCUACCGGAAGGGAAAGAAAGAAAAGACGAGGCGACGAAAAACCAUGACUUCAGUCCCUGAUCUCUCUGCUAUGGCAACCAUCUGGGAAGAAAGCGAGAACCCUGCUUCUGCUCAGGAACCUGAGCUCCUGCUGAACUCCUGGAGGAGCACCAUAGAUUACUUCAACAGUAAAAAAGAGGAAGAUGUCAUGAAGAAAAGUUUUUUCAGGUUCUUAUCCAUCCUCAGCAAGACAAUCAACUGGAGCAACAUGACUGAUUUUUUUAUGGAUAACUUUACCUCCGAUGUUGUGGGAGUCUUAACAGAGAUGAUUAAGAGAGACUUUCCAGAAUCCAGCGUCGUCUGUCUUCAUGCUAUGGCCACCGUUAUUGACUUGAGCAAGGCGAACGUCACAAAAACGAUGGGGUCCUACAAGAAGGGGAUAUUGCUCCGCACCUUUUUCAAGAGUGUCUUUGCCCUGUCACCCCUGAAGGCAGGACAAGAGGAAGGAACGGCCAAUUCUGCCAAUGCCCAGUACGCAAAGAACCUCUUCAUCAGAACAUACCAGACCUUCAGUGAGAUGCUCCAGCAGCUGAUGGUGGAAAACCCAAUUCCUUCGGAGCUGGAGAGGAUCUUGCAGCUGAUGGCUCCUUGGCUACAGUCCUCGGAGGCCGACCUGCGAGAGAGGGCUAUCUGGACCAGUGCGUCGCUGCUCAACUUUGUGGCCAGCAAAUUACAGCUGGAGACACUGUCCAAAUUCUCUAGGCUGGGCCACCUCGUCGCGGUGCUGGGGAUCUGCUGCGGAGACGCCGUCAAGUCCAUCAGCUCCAAGGCAGCCAAGAGCGUCCACCUCCUCCUGGCGAUUGUGCUUGGCCAGAAAAUUGCGAGGCUGGAUGAGAAGAACGUCCACACGGAAGCCAUCAAGCGCAAGCACAAGGAGUUCUUGGAAUCUUGGAAUCCGGCCGUGUUUCUCAAAAACCCCUCCAGAGUUGCAGAGGUCUUUGGCGUUUACUUCAGUCCAAGAGAGAAGACCGACUUCAUCCUGACCGCUUUGGAUGGCUUGACGGUGCAGUGCACCACCCAUUGCUGCGCCACCACAGAGGGGCUCCUUGCCAGCAUGGCAAGGCACUGUGGCGCCGAGAUAGAGAAGGUCUCGGACAUUGUGGACGGGAUCUGCAGCCGCCUGGACCUGAUCCACCAGCCCAGCGCAAGGAGGCUGGUGAUGAAGCUGGUGGGCUUGCUGGCAGGCAGGACCGAGCACUUGGACACGGUCAUCUCCAGCCUCCUGGAGCAUUCCUUCCCACCAGACAGCAAUUCGUCCGAGUUGUGGCAGUCCCUCUCUACCGAGGAAGUCGUGGAGGAGCAGCUGAUGGAGAAUUUGCUGGCCAGGCUACAGGACCACCACAGCACUGAGCUGCAGACCUCCGCAGCCUCUAUUGCCAUCACUCAGGCUCUCUACGAAGUGAUCUCGGUGCCUGAAUCUAAAGACACCAUCCAGAGACUUUAUCCAGACCUUCUGACUGCUCUGCUCAUUGAACUCUACUUCAGCAACCAGGCCGAAGCUCUGCCGGAUAUGAAUUUCCUCCGGAAGCAAUGUGGUCGUGGGGAAAACCUCGCGAGCUUUUCAGCGGAGGCCCUCAAGUUGCUCCUGAUUCGCACUGGCUGCCGCUACGAGGUCACGUUCAUGGAGAGGACACGGGGCUGGAGCAUGCUGCAGAGCGCCAGGGAAGUGCUCCAGGGGGCCACGCUGCUGGCAAGAGCCAUGCUGCACUUUGCUUGCCCUGAGACCAUGAGGAUCCUGGACAUGAUGUUCUCUCUGCUCAGCAAAGGCAGCAAGAAACUCAAGCCGACCACCAUCGCUUUCUUCGUAGAGCUUCUCCACUACCAGGAGAUUGAGCAGCUGCCGGCGGACCAGAUCUUUGAGAGUCUUGAGGAGUGGACCAGGAACCCCAGCCCGGACGUCCGUUCCCUUGGCCUGAGAGCUCUAGGCAUCUUAGCCAUCCACCCUGAUAAGGUGGAGGAGGUCAAGACCCUCAUGCCAACGCUCUUGGGCAGCUUAGAAGAGGCAGACGGCGUGGUUGUCGCUGAGGGCAUCACGGCCAUCCAGAACCUUUUGAAGUUCAUGCAGAGGAGCGACAUUGUCAGCUUGGCUGAGAAGCUGCUUCCUUUGUUCAGCAAUGCAGAGGCCAGGACCCGCAAUUCCGCCAUUGCCCUGUUUGCUGAGCUGCCCAACGUGGUCAAGAAGAAGGAGAAGUACCUCAUCCAAGAGCAGGUGACCCAGAGUUUGCUCCCGCUGCUCCUCCACCUGCAAGACGAGGAUCCUGAGGUGGUGAAGGGUUGCCAGGAUGCCCUCGCCAGGUGCUUCCGCUUCCUGGGCUGGUCCCUCCCGAAGAAGAUUAACAGCAAGAAGGCUUGGCACGACCACCCUCAGAUCGCAGAGACCCUCUGCCGGCAAAUCUCCUGGAAGGUCAAGACCAUCCCUGUCAUCUUGCUCCAAUGUCUGGACCACCUUCAGUGCCCGCAGGUCUCGAUUCGGAGAGCAGCUGCCAUCUUUCUUGGUUGCGUUGCCCAGUGUGCAGAGCCAAUUGCGAUCACUCAGGAAAAAAAGGACUUGAUAUUCCUCUCGCUCUCCAAACUGCGGCAGGAUCCUGACCCCUCUGUCCGCCUGACGGCCUUGCAAGCCACCCGGAUGGUGCAGGAAGCCUGUGGCGUCUCGGCUGCCGUCUCGCCCCGAUUUUCUGGCUCGGAGGGGGAAGACAGCCUCUCCUCUGACCGGGGCCACUGGGACAUGCCGGAUCCUGCCCUGACGCACCGGUGGAACCCAGCUUCCCCCACCUCCCACCGGUUGGUGCCCAGCGCUGCCAGGAAGAGAGGUUUCGGGCCAACCCGGCAGGCCUGAUCCUACCUACCCAGACGCCCUGCACUCCCAUGGGAGGCGCUCGACGUAAGCUCAGGAGACCUGCACACAACUUCCAGUCGAAAAGGCACCGGAGCCACAGAUGAUGGGAGAGGACCAGAAAGGAAGGAGCGGGAGAAAGGAGGCGGCAGGAGAAGGAUGCUCAGCGUGCCUGGAUUCGGCCAGCGUCCGCAGCAGGACAGGAACAGGGAACGUUCUGUGGUGCGAACCAUCAAGACUUCCUCUUGCAUUCCUCCAUAGAACCAGGGUGGCCUUGCAUGGAGCUUUCUGGCUGCAGGAGGACAGAGCCAGCCCAGCGGUGGCUGCAGGAGAAGCCUCAGUCGAAGGAUGCAGAUGAGAAACCCAAAAUAUGGUGGAUGCAAGCCGGCGGUUCUUGCUUGCUGAGGAACCCUUACCGUAAGGGCCUUCACGCUGCUUGCAAAAUGCAACUUCCUGCAUCAAGAUAGAAUUUGCAAGCAAUAUAUAGCAAUGUUCUCAUAUAUAUAUAUUUAUAUGCACGUAUACCUUGAGGACUUUAAGCCAGUAAAUUUGUGUUUUCCGAUUUAUUUUUAAAAGUCAGUUUGUGUUUCACAAAAGUGGAAUAGAUUUCUCUUUGUAUGUGUACCUAACUGACUCUCUGGACCUGUUUGUUGAAGUCUAUGUGUGCCUCCAGAUUUGCCACUAUCUUGCAGAAUAUUAUUAUUAUUCAUAAUAAUAAUAAUUAAUUCAAGUGCAUGCCAGAG